UGAAAGUCUUCUGACAUGGUCUGCUUUUUAAUGUAUGCAUUUCCGUGUGAGCACACAAACAUAGAGAGAGAGAGGAGCGGGGUGAAAAUCAACACAAGGAAUAUAGGGCAGCCUGGCAAGCAAGUGAUCCAGUAUCAGACGGUGCGCUAUGAUAUUCUUCCUCUAUCCAAAGUUUCGCGGGAGCGGCUCAAUCAGGUGAAGAGGAAAAUUCUCGUCCUGGACCUGGACGAGACGUUGAUUCACUCCCACCAUGAUGGGGUCCUGCGUCCUACAGUUAGGCCUGGCACCCCCCCUGAUUUCAUCCUUAAGGUCGUCAUUGACAAACAUCCAGUCCGUUUUUUUGUACAUAAGAGACCGCACGUGGAUUUUUUUCUAGAAGUGGUGAGCCAGUGGUAUGAGCUCGUGGUUUUUACAGCCAGCAUGGAAAUCUAUGGUUCCGCGGUGGCUGACAAGCUGGACAAUAAUAGGAGCAUCUUAAAGAGGCGAUACUACAGACAGCACUGCACAUUGGAAUUGGGCAGUUAUAUCAAGGAUCUUUCGGUCGUACACAAUGACUUGUCCAGCAUAGUCAUCCUCGACAAUUCGCCAGGAGCUUACAGGAGCCAUCCAGAUAAUGCAAUACCCAUCAAGUCGUGGUUUAGUGACCCCAGUGACACGGCGCUCCUCAACCUGCUCCCUAUGCUCGAUGCCUUGCGGUUCACAGCUGACGUGCGGUCGGUGCUAAGCCGGAACCUCCACCAACAUCGCCUUUGGUGACGGCGGCUCCUCCUUUCUUCCGGGUUUGGCCCGCACCUCUGCCUUAUCCCGCCAUCGUGCCCCCCCUCCUCGGCCGCCCUUGCCGCUUGGGACUCUGGCAACUCUGUCUGGACUCUGGGACGGGACGAGCUGGGAAGCGAUCCAGCCUCUCCCCUCGGGCGUCAGCUCAUGGGGGGGCGUGUCUCACCCUGCGACGGGGCCAGCUGCGCUCGGAUCCUCAUCCACCGGCGCCAUGGACACUGGCAGGGAAUGAGCAGGGUUGCCAGCGGGAGGUGCGACAUCGCCUGCUUCUGGGGGGCAGAUGUACAAGAAAGGGGGUGAAGCAAGCCAAGCCGCACAGAGGAGUGCGACGGACACUUUUGAGACGAGGCCGUGUUUCUCAUUGGAAAGACCGAGCUCCCCCUGUACAAAUAGUUUUAUUCAUCUUUUAUUUUUCCCCCUUUUUCGUUUCCUCUGCACCCCACCCUUACUCUGCAUAAGGAGGAUGGAGAGAGAGGCCUUUUCCUCAGAUAAGGUCCUCUUAAGAACGAGCGGGAGGCCCUGCCUCCAUUUCUGGAUCGUCCGCCUCCUGGUUUGUUGGCAGGAGUAGCCGUGCCGUCUUCCUUUUGGAUUGGAUUUUGUGUUGAGGGGAGACUCCUUCCCGUCUGCGCCCUUGUUUCGUUUUUCCCUUUGACUUUUGGGAUGGGGAGGGCUGGAAUGAUGAGAUAUUAUAGCCUUGAACUGAGGUGGAAAAAAACAAACAAAUGACACCUAA